GACUUUGGAACGGAAGGACUGAGCGUGUCGCUUCCUGCCUGCCGGUGGGGAGGGCCGCAGUGCCGCCGCGAUGUUACCCUACAACGUGAACUUCAAGGUGUCGGCGCGCACCCUCACCGGGGCGCUCAACGCGCACAACAAGGCGGCGGUAGACUGGGGCUGGCAAGGUUUAAUUGCUUAUGGAUGUCAUUCGCUUGUGGUAGUGAUCGAUUCCAAUACUGCCCAAACUCUACAAGUUCUAGAAAAACAUAAAGCUGAUAUUGUUAAGGUUAAGUGGGCCAGAGAGAACUACCACCAUAACAUUGGCUCGCCGUACUGCCUGCGCUUGGCUUCUGCUGAUGUCAAUGGCAAGAUCAUUGUAUGGGAUGUAGCAGCAGGAGUUGCUCAGUGUGAGAUCCAAGAGCAUGCCAAGCCCAUCCAAGAUGUGCAGUGGCUGUGGAAUCAAGAUGCCUCCCGAGACUUGCUGCUUGCUAUUCACCCACCAAAUUACAUCGUGCUCUGGAAUGCAGACACUGGCACCAAGCUGUGGAAGAAGAGCUAUGCAGACAACAUCCUAUCCUUUUCUUUUGACCCUUUUGAUCCCUCACAUUUAACUUUGCUCACCAGUGAGGGCAUUGUUUUCAUCUCAGACUUCUCUCCAUCCAAGCCUCCUUCUGGCCCUGGAAAGAAAGUGUACAUUUCCAGUCCGCACUCCAGCCCAGCUCAUAACAAGCUGGCCGCAGCCACGGGAGCCAAGAAGGCUCUUCAUAAAGUAAAGAUUUUAAUCACUCAGGAGAAACCUAGUGCUGAGUUUGUAGCUCUCAAUGACUGCCUCCAGUUGGCCUACCUGCCUUCCAAAAGGAACCACAUGCUGCUACUCUACCCGCGGGAGAUUUUAAUCCUUGACCUUGAAGUGAAUCAAACGGUGGGCGUGAUUGCAAUAGAAAGGACUGGAGUUCCCUUCCUGCAGGUAAUACCCUGCUCUCAGCGCGACGGCCUGUUUUGCCUCCAUGAAAAUGGCUGCAUAACCUUACGUGUCCGAAGGUCUUAUAAUAGUGUCUUUACUACUUCAAAUGAUGAACCAGAUCCAGAUCCCGUUCAGGAGCUGACCUAUGACUUGAGAAGCCAGUGUGAUGCAAUCAGGGUGACGAAAACUGUUCGUCCCUUCAGUAUGGUGUGCUGUCCUGUUAAUGAGAAUGCAGCUGCCCUCAUAGUGAGUGACGGCCGGGUCAUGAUAUGGGAACUCAAGUCGGCCGUGUGCAGCCGAAAUGCACGGAACAGCAGUUCCGGUGUGUCCCCGUUAUACUCACCAGUGUCUUUCUGUGGGAUUCCUGUAGGAGUGCUGCAGAACAAACUCCCAGACCUUUCCCUGGAUAAUAUGAUUGGGCAAAGUGCAAUUGCUGGGGAAGAGCACCCCAAAGGCACCGUUCUGCAGGAGGUACACCUCAAAUUCCUGCUGACAGGACUGCUCUCAGGACUCCCAUCUCCUCAGUUCGCCAUCCGGAUGUGCCCACCACUGACCACGAAAAACAUAAAGAUGUAUCAGCCACUCCUUGCUGUUGGCACGAGUAGCGGUUCUGUGCUGGUGUACCACCUCACCAGUGGUCUGCUGCACAAGGAGCUCAGCGUCCACUCCUGUGAAGUCAAGGGUAUUGAAUGGACAAGCUUGACCAGUUUCCUUUCUUUUGCUGCUUCGACCCCAAACAACAUGGGGUUAGUGAGAAAUGAGCUUCAGCUGGUUGAUCUCCCAACAGGGAGGAGCACUGCUUUUCGUGGUGAUCGAGGCAAUGACGAGUCACCCAUUGAAAUGAUCAAAGUAUCUCAUUUGAAGCAGUAUUUGGCAGUUGUUUUCAAAGAUAAGCCCCUGGAAUUGUGGGAUAUUAGAACUUGCACCCUUCUUAGAGAAAUGUCUAAAAGCUUUCCUGCUAUAACUGCAUUGGAGUGGUCGCCAUCUCACAACCUGAAGAGCCUGAGAAAGAAACAGCUUGCCACCCGGGAGGCCAUGGCCCGUCAGACUGUUGUCUCGGAUGCAGAGCUGGGUGCUGUGGAGUCAUCUGUGAUCAGCUUAUUACAGGAGGCAGAAAGUAAGUCUGAACUCAGUCAGAACAUCUCAGCUCGGGAACAUUUUGUGUUUACUGACAAUGAUGGCCAAGUUUAUCAUCUCACUGUCGAAGGGAACUCUGUAAAGGACAGUGCUCGGAUUCCACCAGAUGGUAGCAUGGGCAGCAUUACCUGCAUCGCUUGGAAAGGGGAUACCUUAGUGCUUGGAGAUAUGGAUGGAAAUUUAAACUUCUGGGAUUUGAAAGGCAGAGUAUCCAGAGGAAUACCCACACAUAGAAGUUGGGUGAGGAAGAUUCGUUUUGCUCCUGGCAAAGGAAACCAGAAGCUGAUAGCAAUGUAUAACGAUGGUGCUGAAGUGUGGGACACUAAAGAGGUUCAGAUGGUGAGCAGUUUAAGAAGUGGAAGAAAUGUGACCUUUCGGAUUUUGGAUGUGGACUGGUGCACAUCAGAUAAGGUGAUCUUGGCAUCUGAUGACGGGUGCAUCAGAGUCCUGGAGAUGUCAAUGAAAUCUACGUGUUUUAGAAUGGAUGAACAGGAGUUAACGGAGCCUGUGUGGUGCCCAUACCUCCUUGUUCCAAGGGCCUCCCUCGCCUUGAAAGCCUUCUUACUACACCAGCCCUGGAAUGGGCGAUAUUCUUUGGAUAUUUCUCGCAUUGACUAUCCAGAAAAUGAAGAAAUAAAGACUCUCCUUCAAGAACAGUUGAACGCAUUGUCUAACGACAUAAAGAAACUCCUGCUUGAUCCUGAAUUCACUCUCUUGCAGAGGUGCCUGCUUGUUUCCAGGCUCUAUGGUGAUGAGUCAGAGCUGCACUUCUGGACAGUGGCGGCCCACUACCUGCACAGCGUGUCCCAAGCCAAGUCUGGGGACACAGCAGUAGCCCAGGAAGGUGCUCCACAGGACAAGCUGAACAACCCACUGGAUAUCUGCUACGACGUGCUCUGUGAGAACGACUACUUCCAGAAAUUUCAACUAGAAAGAGUUAAUCUACAGGAAGUAAAAAGGUCAACUUACGAUCAUACAAGGAAAUGCACAGACCAGCUACUACUCUUGGGUCAGACAGACAGAGCCGUGCAGCUCCUGUUGGAAACGAGUGCGGAUAACCAGCACUAUUACUGUGACUCGCUGAAAGCUUGUUUGGUCACCACUGUCACCUCCUCAGGCCCUUCUCAGAGCACCAUUAAGCUGGUGGCAACCAAUAUGAUUGCCAAUGGCAAGUUGGCAGAGGGUGUUCAGUUACUUUGCCUGAUCGACAAGGCUGCGGACGCCUGCCGCUACCUGCAGACGUAUGGCGAGUGGAAUCGGGCAGCAUGGCUGGCAAAGGUUCGGUUAAAUUCCGAAGAAUGUGCAGAUGUUCUGAAGCGGUGGGUCGAUCAUCUUUGUUCUCCACAAGUCAAUCAGAAGUCCAAGGCCCUCCUGGUCCUCCUCUCUCUGGGUUGCUUUGUCAGUGUGGCAGAGACACUUCACAGCAUGAGGUACUUCGAUAGAGCUGCCCUGUUUGUGGAAGCCUGUCUCAAGUAUGGUGCAUUUGAAGUCAGUGAGGACACAGAGAAACUCAUCACUGCCAUCUAUGCAGACUAUGCCCGAAGCCUGAAGAGCCUCGGUUUCAAACAGGGAGCAGUGCAUUUUGCUUCAAAAGCUGGAGCAGCUGGCAGAGAUUUAUUGAAUGAGCUUGGAUCCCCCAAGGAAGAACUAACAGAAGGGUGACAUGCUCUGUGCAGGAAAUCCCAUGUUGGAAGUGAGGUGUGAGGAGGACUGACCUGACCAUGCUCACAGUCACCGUCAUGGUCAGUUCAGACUGAUGUGAAGACCUGGCCCUUGUUAGUUGUGUCACCACCUUCUUAAGGCCGCAGGUCUCAGCGGCAUGGGCACAUUUACACUAGGAGCCAGUUCUGUGUCCCAUGUGAGCUCAGAUCAGCGGGGACACAUGGUGGGAAAGUAUGUAGUGUUUAUACAUUUGGAAAGUGCUUCUAGGAUCCUUGUGACUACUUUACAAUAAUUGUAACCUAAAACUCAUGAGACUGGAUUGCUUUCCUCUCUCAUUUGUUAAUUUAGAGAUGUUUAAGAAAUCGGUAGAAGAAAGUGUACAUCUGACGGCUUCUCAGAUACAUGCCAUGUGUGCCUGUGUUGAUAGGCAGUUGUUUAGGACACAGCAGGGAGUGGAUUCCCUGCUUUAGGCAUUGCUCAAUUUUGUAUUUGGGCCUCAUAGUCUUCAUGGGACAUGUCAAACUUUAUGUUUAGUGUUAGUGGUCUUGGAUGGUCUGAAUUUUAACUCCUAGGAUACAUUCCAGUAACCUCAUUUCUGAAGCCUCUUUUGUACAUUUUAUGCCUUUGUUUUCUUCCACUAGAUGUAAUUAUUAUAAAUUAUUGCUCAGAAUUUCAACAACUGUGACUAUACAAAUGAUAAAUAAAGGAAAAUCUCAGCCAA